AUGCUUCCGUUUGCGAUCUUUUUAUUAAUACCUAUUUCGCCUCAUGCAAUUCCUCCUCUAAUUCCAUGCAAAUACUGGCUCCAAGACCCUUUUCUCUUAAGUCGUAAAUACUCCACAAACCGUCUCAGCCAUGCUACAGCAUGUGUUAGCCUUCGCCAGUCUGAAUAUCUAGUUACUAGGUCUCUUGAUUCAUCAAUGGUACUUAACGCCACCUGGAGAGGGCGUUGUUCUGGCAGAUUGUCUUCAUGUAGUGGCUGUGAUAAGGAGUUUUUCCAAGUUUCAUCCAAUGCUGAUAGCUAA